CUCAGAAACUCUGCUGUGACCUUCAGAUAUCGCUGGGUAUUACAAAUUCUACAGAUAGCCAGAGAGAAAUAUCCCAAGGAGAGCUGGCAUAUACCGUGCCAUCCUAGUUAAUGGUGACUGUGUAUUGCUCACAGCCCAUUCCAGAACUGCAACCAGGCAGCCUUAUAAACACUGCAGAAUCCUACAGUAAUAGUCAGGAAUGGUACAGUUUGUCAUAAAGCUGUUGCAGGAUUUGGGAUAAUUACUUGUUUGUUUGUAGGAUAAAAGGUUGCUUUUCUCUUUUUUUAAGGCCAAACCAGUGAGAGCAGAUCCACAGCAUAGUGAGGUCCUGGCUCACUGCGCUUUUGCAGUAUAUAUUGCAUUUCAGAGCCAGCAAACAGGAGGACAUGACUGCUGCCAUCCUCCUCUGCUUCCAUGAGAGAUACCAUUGACCUGCGCCUUUGCCUUGGGUCACCAAUUUAAAGACAACUACUGCUUGAUGGUGCACGCAAAAUGAAUUAAUGGUCUUGGUUCUGGCCUAAGUGUCUGGAGACUGAGACCUUCACCAACCCCACGCAGAAGGCCAAGGACUGACAGAAGCACCAGCAAUAGAGAAGUCCCAACAGGUCAAGGGAAGGGGCAUUGCAGACUAAUAGACUCUGUUACUACAAGGAGAACUUUGUUCAGCUUCUGAUGCCAGGAAGGACAGGCUGGACUGGCAGGUACUUAGCACUUCUGAAAUGCAAGCUCAAGGCAGGUUGUGUUGAACAUUGAAGCUUGGGGAAAUCUUUCUGGAAACCUGAUGGAAAAUAUUGGCUCAAAUAUUACUGGUAAGUCAAGUGGUCGGUGGUUAAUAUGACUGUUGGAAGGUGGGUUCCCUCACAACAUGUGAAAGUCCCUCUUCAGUAGUCCAGGCUUCUCCCCAUUUUGUUUUUCUGUGGUACAAUAUUCAUUAAACCCUUCGCCGUGACAUGUCAUUGCCAGUGUGCCAAAUCCUGAGCAAAUCACAUCCUCUGUUCUUCUGUAGCAGAUUUGUGAGAUAAUCUAUUAUAGAUUAAUCAUUUCAGUCUUAUGGUGCAAUGUCAGAAAUAAAUUGGGGUUAUGAAGCUGGAGGGGAGCCACUUUUGGGGGCUGAUGUGUUCUCAUUGACACUCCUUAUUUGACUUUGAAAACAGUGUCAUGAUGAGAUUUUUGAAGCUGAUUGUUGCCCCGUGGAAUCCAAAUCACAGGGUAAAAAUGCUGGGGAGUAAGUUUUCAUCUCCACAGAUAUCAGGUCAGGGAUGAACAGUAGGUGGUUUUCAAGCCAUUUCCUUCCCUCUUCUCACAACAUGAAACAUAUCUGGGCUGAUCCAUUACAUCUCUUUAGAAUAAUGGGUAGCAGAAGAAUAAAUAAAAUAAAAUAAAGCCCCUUUUAAGGACUGAAUAUCUGCUGGAGGUGGAGGUAUCCAACCCAGGAAAAUAAUACAGGCCAGGAAUUCAGCCAGAUAUACUGUAUGAAAACAUUCAUUUGCGGAAUUUUAAAUAUUCUCUUAACAUUUUACCAUGUUACCCAUUUUACCAUGGGAACCACGACAGCUCCCAGAUGUCAGACAGUGAGUAAUUUACCUAGUACUGUAGUCCUUGUUACACUCCAAACUGAAUCACAGCAGGUCCUUGGUGUCUCCAGACCAGAGCAGGAGUUAGGGCAUAGGGAGGGGCUAUUCUCCCACUUAGCUCCCUGGUCUCUUCUGCAAGACGGGAAGAUCUCUGAAUUGAGUAUGAACUAAGAAAUGAGACAUUUAGUUCUGUCUGUGGUGCCAUGUACCAUCUACCUACACAGCGAGGCUUUAUCAGUUACUGAAUGCAAACCUACAGUGACUUCAUGACAUGCUUUACCUUCCAAAGGAUGGCAGAAUAUUGCAGGGAAUACAAGGAAUGGAUAAGCACUAUUUUCGUUUCAGUUUCUUUCGCUUGGGUGCAAAGUAAAUCAAACCAGGCUCCAUGCUGAGUGAUAUAUCAUAUAAAGCUUCGAUGUGAUAUGUAUCCAACGAUUUGUUUUUCACUACAGUAGCUUUUCACAAUCCAUAAGUCAGAUGGAACGUCGAGAGAUUUCCUAGCUUGAAAUGCAAAGCAGUUUUUUUAAGAUAUGCUGGGGAUUUUUUCCAUACCAAGAACAGUUGCUGAAGAACACAGCUGCAGAUAUGCGCCAGAGCAUACCCACUAAUGAUUUACUCAAACAUACAAUAGUAACUAGAGUCCCUUGCAAAGAUCUUCUUAGCAGUUAAUGCAUUAGAAGUAUGUGCUCAGGCAACAUUAAGACUGUAGCAAUAGAAUAACCAGCAGAAGAAAAUUACUACCAUGAACUGGUUUGAACUGAUCCAUCUUCUGCUUGUGACCUGUCUUUUGUAUUCAGUGGGUAAUAAUGUGUCAUAUGCAGCAUCAUGCACUAAAAAUGCUUGAUACAUGAUCCUGGUUAGCGAAAAACAUAGAUAAAUAGAUAGCAUGUCAAAAAGGAUAUAUGCCUUUAAAAUAGCAUUAGAAC